CAACAACGGCAACUUGACCUGCUGACUAUAACCAACCCUGUAAACCUGCGGUCUGGAGCUGAGCAGAAAGUGGUGUUCAUCACUGCCCGUGUCCACCCUGGAGAAACUCCCUCUUCCUUUGUAUGCCAAGGUAUAAUUGACUUCCUCGUGAGCCAACAUCCCAUAGCCAAAGUACUACGAGAUCACUUAGUCUUCAAGAUAGCUCCAAUGCUUAAUCCAGAUGGGGUAUAUCUAGGAAACUACAGGUGCUCCUUGAUGGGGUUUGAUUUAAACCGGCACUGGGUGGAUCCAUCUCCCUGGGCUCAUCCCACGCUGCAUGGAGUAAAACAGCUCAUCAUUCAGAUGUACAACAAUCCGAAAAUUAGCCUGGAGUUCUAUAUUGACAUCCAUGCCCACUCCACUAUGAUGAAUGGCUUCAUGUAUGGGAACAUCUUUGAAGAGGAAGAAAGAUUUCAGAGACAAGCUAUUUUCCCUAAGCUACUUUGUCAGAAUGCUGAAGAUUUCUCUUUUUCUAGCACGUCCUUCAACCGUGAUGCUGUGAAGGCAGGGACAGGACGACGCUUCCUCGGUGGCUUAUUGGACCAUUCUUCUUAUUGCUAUACUCUGGAAGUCUCGUUCUACAGCUACAUACUUGGAGGAACUACUUCUACUGUCCCCUAUACAGAAGAAGCCUGUAUCCUUUACAAAUCCAUCCUUCUUUCUGAGUGCUUUGAGGGCACCUGA